CAGAUUCUAGGGGAAUCAUCGUUUGGACCCUUUUGUAGAUACAUAAAUUAAGAUUCAAUGGGAAUCGUUAGGAACCUCUUUUAAAUAUUGAAAUUACGGACAAGCUCAACCCAUACAAUACUUUUACAUCAGUCCGAAAAAAUGACCCAUAAAUAUCUCAUCCCGAAUGAAUCAAAUAUGACGACUAUUCCAUCUUACCCAGACGGUUUGCAUUACAGUGACUCGUUUACUUAUGAUUAUUACGGUAACUUUACCGGUAUUGGGACCCCAAACUUUAACGCGGAUGAAAUAUUAAAAGUGCUUAAGAGUCAGAGACAUAAUAAAUUUGAUAGAGCCACUGAAGCUAUAAUCAUAACGGUGUUUUCAAUAAUGAUAAUAUUUGGUGCAUUAGGGAAUGGAUUGGUGUGCUUUGUCGUAUUUCGAAAUUCUCAUAUGCGUACACCGCGAAAUAUCUUCAUCAUAAAUCUUGCAAUUUCAGACCUUAUUCUUUGUUUGUUCACGCAACCGCUCAACUUGUAUCGAUUGAUAAGCACACAAUGGCAUUUAGGUUCGUUCAUGUGUAAACUUUCAGCAAUGUUACAGGGAACAAACGUAUUUGUUUCGACGAUAAGUAUUACCGCUAUUGCUCUAGACCGCUUCCAGGUUAUUGUUUAUCCUACAAAAGACAGUAUGAAAAAGCUUGGAGGAGCGGCCGCGCUGAUAACAAUAUGGGUGAUUUCACUUCUAAUGCCGAGUCCAUUGAUAAUAUUUACAGUAUAUAACCAGGAACAACCAGUACCUGGUAUUGACUAUUAUCAUUGUUACUGUUCGGAAGAUUUGACAUUACGAGCUGAAAAAGGAGCGUAUUCAGUGGCAUCUAUGGUUGUUCAAUACAUUUUACCUGUUAUAACUGUAAUUAUUGCCCAUGCAAGAAUAUGUAACAAAUUGAAAUAUCGCAUGGUCAACAGACGCCCGCAACGAAGUUCUGGAGACGUUAAUAGCCCACCACCUGCAAAUGUAAAUAGGAACAGACGAGGUGAAGGUCGGUCCGCACGAAAGCGAAAGACUAAUAUCCUGUUGGCGAUGAUAGCAGUUGUGUUCGUGUUUAGCUGGUUACCAUUAAAUAUCAGCAACAUCCUUGUUGAAUUCCAGUUCAAAAUCUUUUUUACAAACAAAUCAAUUGACAUUAAUCUUUUGUAUAUCGUUUGUCAUACGCUUGUAUUGAGCUCAGCAUGCAGUAACCCAGUUCUUUAUGGAUGGUUAAAUGACAAUUUUAGAAAAGAGUUUGUGAAAGUACUUCGUUGCUCCUGCUGUAGUAUGGAAAAACCACGAUGGUUCUUUCUUCGCAGAGCAAGAGAGAGAGGUCUUCCAGUAAUAACAUUUUCGCCAGAAGAAAAUGGUGGAAAUGCUAAUGGUUUUCAAAGGGCAGCAAAUAGGCGUCCUACAAAUACAUCACACAUGUUUAUGACAACUGAGAUUGAUCAGACAUGUCCACAAUCAGCGGUGUCGCUGUAAAAUAUACUUUGAGUUUGAAAUGUAUUUGAUUGUUUGGAUUAUUUCGAAAGUGCAAAGACAUGUAUGUGUACAUACUAUACUUUACUUUAACUUAUGUCUCAAUUAAUAUGUUUACACAGUUAUAAAUAAAUUCAACUCUUAACGUUUAAAGAUUUAAAGAUAUUUUUGACGGCCAGUUGAUAGUUUAUACUUUUGUUCAAUAAAUAGUUGAACUUUGAAACCAAAUUGUAAAUAUAUUCUUUUCUCUAAGAUAUAGUUUUGAUUAUGAAAUUCAUCAAACAACAGUUUAAUUUUUACAUGCUGUUUUCAUAUAAAACAUAUUGCCUUGUCGCUGUAAAUACAUUUUGGCUAAAUACCUGUAAUUCUUGAAAUAAAUGUAAUUAUUUUGAAAAAAAUUGAAGCUACGUGUUUUUGUAAAUUGUUUUUCAAAACAUUGUUUUUUAUUUUGUUGUAUAGGUAUAACAAAUUGUGGUUUAUGGUAUUUAUGUCAACUGUGUACGUACAGUUUGUAAUUUUGUUUACAAUUCCUUAUAAGAGUGAAUCAAAUGUACCUUUCUUUCAAUAUUUUUAAGAUAACGUUAUAUAACACACUGUUUUUAGAAUCCUUUCCUUCAGAUAUAGAAGUUGUUAGUUUUGCGUAUGAUAAACAGUUUUUAAAAAAUUACAUGUAGUUUAAUACUUAUAAAAUAGACUGUGAUUUUUAUACGAAUUCUAUGUCUUUUUCGUUACGUAUUAUGAUAGGAAGUAAUUUAACAGCAAAUAUAAAGGCGUUUUGUGUGCCUUUUUUCGGAUAUUUGCGUAUGAAUAUUUUAGUAUCUUUUUGGACAAAGAGAAUAUUGUUACAACAAUAUCGGAAUGAUUGUGUUCGCCCUGGAGUACAUAUGAUACUGGUAAUUUGUUUUUAAAAUUGAUCAGGUAGGGGAAAAUACAUAAAUUAAAAGCAUAACUGACAAUAGUGUUGAGUAAUAAAUAUAGGUUUUCACAGCUGAAAAUUUAAUUGUUGCGUACUGCCGUAUGCUAAUAUCAACAAAGUUUUACAUUUAAGUACAUUCGCUUUUUAAAUUUGUCAUCAUUUUGUAAUACAGUACAAGUAUCAACUAUGGGUUAGUAUUGUAUAUUGAAAUAAACA